UAGUAUCGUUACUUGCAUGGACACUUAGGCACUUGACAAUAAACGUGUCUCGGCCUUUUUGACCUGUCGCCGUGACCAGCCUCUUUGGGGUAGUGUUGGCCAAAGUUACCCGUCACAAUUUCGACUAAGCAUUUAAGGCCUAGGCCAGGAGCAUAAGAAUAGCUGCUAUUCUGAACACUGGCAAAAAGGACAGACCUUAGUCGUAUCAGGCGUCCCCAGGCGUCCCGAGGCGUCCACAAAUGCAGCUCCUGUGCAGCAGCGCUGCCUGCCCUCAGGAAGUUUGCGACGCCAUUGAGGAGGCCAGCUGUUUAAGCGACGCCUUUGAAACGCGAAGACCCCUGGCAUACCAUAGCGACUGCUACGUGUCAGUGGCGAGGUGUAAGUGCACUGGUAGCGAGGUGGUCGUCAAGGCUUAUCAGCGUGACCAGCUGAGCCCUGGAGCCAGGCAACAGGUCCAAACGGAAAUCGACAUACACUCCAGCUUGCAGCACCCAAACAUCGUCCAAUUUCUAGCGGCAUUUGAGGACUACGCCCGGGUGUACCUUUUACUAGAAUACGCGAAUGGCGGCGACCUUAGAAAGCAUUUGCAAGGGUUGACAGAAUGCCGGAUACGCGACUUUUUCAUCGCUCCGGUGUUGCAAGCCCUCAAUGUGGUGCACAACAAGGGCUUUUCGCAUCGUGACCUCAAACCAGAAAACUGUCUGGUCAGCGGCAGCGAUACGGUCAAACUAGCGGACUUUGGACUCGCGCAGCCAACACACAUAGCGGAGGAUUCCUGCUCCCUCACCGACUCCGACAGUUGCUCAGCGAGCUUAGGAUCCGGGUCCACUGGAUCUAGGUCAAUAGACAGCGACUGCAGUGCUAGCACCUGCAGCAGCACCACCUAUAGGGCAUCAAGUACAGCAAUCUGUACGGCAGGAGGGACGCCGUUGUAUGCUGCGCCGGAGGUGCUGCGCGCGAUGUUUCGGAAUCACGGAAUGCAGUCGGCAAUUGGGCCGAAGAACGACGUGUGGGCUCUAGGCGUGAUGGCGUUGGAAGCGGUCACCGGGUGCCACCCCUUCAGCCCCGACCACUACCACUACGAGAACGUGUUGUACAGCAUCGCACACUGCGACAAGGUCAACCUGCCGUCCAACCUGAGCCGCGAGUUCACAGAGUGGCUCGAACAGGCCCUCCACCGGGACCCCUCCCAGCGCGCAAGCACGGCGGAGCUGCUGGCGCACCCCUGGAUGAGCAAGCAGUACACGGAGGAGGAGGUGGCGCUGUUUUCCCGGUGCGGCGGCCGGGGCCCGGCGCUGCUGGGGUCAAACGACUACGCGUCGUCGUUUGACUGCUGGGAGUACUGAUGAGGAUGAUAAGAGGGGCGGGGUUUGCUAUCGCUGCUGCUCGCAUGCUAGACAGGCGGCCAAGAGUGAGGGGCGAUGGAAACGAAUGAGGGUAAAAGAAGGGGACGAGUGGGAACGUGCUAGCCGCGGAGUGUGGUUAUAACUGUGAGGCGUUAGAUGGGCGGCUGGCGGGUUAGGGAACUGUUGAAGGCUCGUGAGUUAAGGCGCAACUGCAGCUUUGUGGCACAGCGGGGGAAAGGGAGAAGGACUGGCGGCUGCAUUCGCCGAAUGUGGGCUAGGCGGGUUGCCAGGAUGGCGUGGGGGGUGGGAUGGGGUCGGGAAAGACGUUUGGGGGAGAAGGGGACCAGGCGGGGGUGGAUAACUCCAGCGCACGUUUGUGCCCAACGGGAUAAGCAUCUUGCAUCUUGAGUGUGACAUCGAGGUGCACGUGAGCCGGCUGGUUGCUGGGAGCCAGGUGCUGCGUCGCGCCUUGCCCUUGUCACUGUUCCAUAAUCGCUGCCUGGUGGCAUGAGCGCACAUUGCAUGUGCUUUCUGCCCUGAUUGCGUUUCUCGUGGGGGUGUUUGAGAGAGUGCCUGGGCGGGUGUUGUUUGUUGUUUGGCGGGCAGGACUUUCCAGGGUCUUGCGGGUUUGUUUGGCAAGCGUUGUAUCUGCUGGAAUUUGGAAGUGCUUUGCCUUCCUUGUGUACAGAGAGAGGACUAUUAACCAUGGGUGGGUCGUGAUCCUUUCCUUUGCUUCUUUAUGUGGUGGUUGUUGAUGCCUUCCAAAAAAUGGGCGCGGGCUUGCUGCGGAAGCAUUGCGCUGGAGCCCUGACCUCGCCUUUGUUGCCACGAGGAAAGCUAAUGCUGUUGCUACCGCUACUAUGUUCUAGACUUGGUGACAUGAGUACGGCGGUGGUGUUGGUGGUGGUGGGCUGUGAUUUAUUGCUACCGUAUUGCGUGAACUGCCGACGGCCUGGAGUCUCAGGCUGUAGUGCAUCUUGCAGGGCUGGUUUUACAUUGUUGUGUGCAUCUCUCCCUAUUUUGCGGUAAAAGAGCUCGAAACCGUGGUCAUUACGUUGUGAUUUGCUUCAAGACUGCCCGCCAUAGCCCAAUCAUGGCGGUGUUUUAGAGUCUUUUAUCAGGUCAUGGCAUGCUAAGUGGGCUAAGGAGAAGCACUACUCAGGGGUGUGUACUGCUGACCGUUGACGUUGACGUUUAAAAUGUUUGACCUGUGAAAGUCGGGUGCGUUCAACGACGCAGGCACGGUAAUAGCGGCCGCAGAAUAGGAACUAUUAUUGUUGGUGGCCCGUUGGAGGGCUUUUACCUGGUACGGUAAAUUAAUACUUUGCCUUUGCAAGCAUUUUAGGUGGGGCAGUGACCUGCGGUAUCUAACACAAGGCAUUUUCAACAGAAGUAAUGCCGUUGAAGAGGUUGCGUGGGCUUAGCGCCCAUUCGCUAUGAGGUUAUUGUUUCUCUCCUUAAACUUGAACUUGGUUCCCUUAUCCGGUAUACCCGCCGACGAACCACUUGGGGCCUGCAUGGGACCGGCACGUGUAA